AUGAGGGGAAAGCCAAAUCCUCAUCCUGGUCCCCGCCUUUCAUCAAGUUAUGUGGUUUGUUUAGCUUGUGGUUCCUGCAUAAAAUCUCAGUGUAAUCAUCUUAUAGGAAAAAAAGAUCCUCGUGGUGCAACACUAUUUGUCAUACCAACACCUGAGCCUAAUUCUGAGGGGAAAAUAGAAAUGAAGUUAGUUUUUAUGCUUUUUCUACCAGAGACUUCUUUCUCACCUUGUCUCCCAUUCCCUGUGAAAGAAGAUCAGCCCGAUGAAGCUCUUGAAGACAACCUUGAAGGAAUAGAGACAAUAUCACAAUUUUCCCCCACAUCUGAACCUGAUAUCACCCAGGGGCUUAAUAUGAAGAAAAAAUGGCUGACUGUAGCCCCUGAAAACAAAGUUGUAAGCGAACAGCCCCAGGCUAUUGACUGGCUGCUUUAUGUUAAGAAAAGUAGCAAUUCUCAACCUCAGACCAGGCCCCCAUCCUCUCACUCCACAUCCUUCUCCUCAUCUUCCUCUUCAUCUUCUUCCUCCUCUUCUGCUGCACCCUCCUCACCCCUUCCUUACAAACAGUCUACCACAUCUACCCUUUCAGGUCAUGUGUUCACUAAGUCACUUAGUUACCACCGGUUGCCUCCAGGGGUCUCCUGGCUUGAGUUUAUAUGUAGUAAAAAUCACCAGCCACUUCCUGGAAAAACACAUCAAAGUCAAUUAUCACCUCCCAAAACAAAUCCUAUGAAGAAUAGAACCAUAGUGAAAGGGCCAAAAGGGUCAAAGCUACUGUUUAAAUUUUUCCGGACAAAGUUUCAAAAUGAGAGAAAUCUUGAUUAA